GGCGGGGGUCCCGCGCCGGAAGUGGAGGGGCGACCCAGAGGCCGUGAGGCCGGGAGGAAAUGGGGGGGCUGCGGUUCCGGGAGACCCUGUCUUUACCGCGGCUGCAGAGGCGGGGUUCCCCCAGGUGGCGAAGACGGGGCGGGGCUCCCCCAGGUGGCGGGGGGCGGGGCGCCGCGCCCAGGCAGGGACAGGGGCGGGACCCCGCCUCCCGUGCUCUCUCGGCUGCCCGCGCUCAGCGCACCGGACGCUCCUCCGCUCCUGCGGUGGUCACCAGGCUAUGGGUCUGGGGCCUACCCCGACCCUCCGGGAGGCCGCCCCGUCUGCGGCGUGACGGGCGGCCCAGAAAGCAUGCUCUGAAUUGCCAUCGGAUGAAGCCAGCUCUCUUCAGUGUGCUCUGUGAGAUCAAGGAAAAGACAGUGUUAAGCAUCCAUGGCAUUCAAGAAGAAGGUCCCCCCAGUGCUCAGCUCAUGAGGCUGGAUAACAUGCUGCUGGCCGAGGGGGUAUCCAGGCCGGAGAGGCGAGGAAGGGGAGGAUUGGCGGCAGCGGCCAACACAGCAACACCAGGUGGCUGUCCAAAUGACAAUAGCCUUGAGCACUCUGACUACAGGGCCAAGCUGUCCCAGAUCCGACAGAUUUACCACUCUGAGCUAGAGAAAUAUGAACAGGCCUGCCGUGAGUUCACCACGCAUGUCACCAACCUCCUCCGGGAGCAGAGCAGGAUGAGGCCCGUCUCGCCCAAGGAGAUCGAGCACAUGGUCAGUGUCAUCCACGACAAGUUCAGUGCCAUCCAGAUGCAGUUGAAGCAGAGCACCUGCGAGGCUGUGAUGACCCUGCGUUCACGGUUCCUCGAUGCCAGGCGCAAGCGGCGGAACUUCAGCAAGCAGGCCACCGAAGUGCUGAAUGAGUAUUUUUACUCCCAUCUGAGCAACCCUUACCCCAGCGAAGAAGCCAAAGAAGAGCUGGCCAGGAAGGGCGGCAUCACAGUCUCCCAGGUCUCCAACUGGUUUGGCAACAAAAGAAUCCGAUAUAAAAAGAACAUGGGGAAGUUUCAAGAAGAGGCUACCAUUUAUACGACUAAAAUGGCAGUCGACACCACCAAAGUCGGGGGCCUAGGGAGCCAGGCUAGCUGCCCAUCAACACCCAGCCCCGGUCCCUCUGGUCCCUUCCCGCUGACCAGUGCCGGGGAUGCGCUUAUCACCCUGCAGACACUGGCCUCUCUCCGCCCCGCCCCUGCAGGAGGCAGCUUGCGGUCCCAGGUGAGUCUCAGGGCACAAUCCAAGGAUGCCCUUGAGGUCCCUGACUCAGUGUUGGGGCAGAGAUGCAGAGCCCAGGUGGGUGGUGGGUCCUGGGAAUGGGCCAUCUUGCCAGCCACCUCUCAGCCUCCACAAGGCUCUCUCAGACGUCCCAGCAAUGAGGAAGGGCCCACUGGGUACUUGGUCUGUUGUCUUGAUGACUACAGGUUGGCGGAGUGGCCUCAGGGGCAUGGCUCUGUGGGGCCCGCUUUGCCAAGACCUGUGCCCUUCACCCCCAGUCCCAGGACUCAAUAACUCCCAGUAGCUGCUGAGUGGUGGGCCCGAGGCAAGGGCUGUGGCUGUUGGGAAGGAGCCCUCCCUCCCAGCGGGCGUCUGUACCCUGAGUGGGGCGAGGAGACAGGCAGACAAGGCCCCGACCAUUGGAACACGGAGCCCUACUAGGCUCAGACCCUCCACCACAUCAGUGCCUUGGCCUUGCCAGCCUACUGUCCCCUCACCCGGGGCCCAGCUAGGCCAGAGUGAAGAUCCAUUUUGGUGACUGGGAAGAAAAAGCCAGGGAUCACGGGCAUCUCAGACAUGCCCUCUGGAAUUUUCUUAGGGUGUCAGGCAGUGUGUUGGGCUAGCCAGGAUUGGGGGACCCCCAUCCCUCUCCUGGCCCCUGGUGCCUCCCCAGCAUCCUGCCAUCUGUCACCGGGGCCUGGCCCACAUGCAGGGUCACAGGCACAGCUGAGAUGUGUCCAUGCGGAUGCAAGGUUGUGUGGCAUCGGCAAGGCCUUAGCCCACCUUCUCCUUCACAGGAGUGUACCCUACAGUGCCGGCUGACCCCCCCACUGAUUUACCCGCAGCCCCUAGUUGGUGCAGGAAUGGAUGCCUGCUGGUGCCAUUUGGCAGGACCUGGUGCAGGGCGAUGCAUGUGCCAUCGCCACGGUAACCCUACAGCCCAUCGUGAGCACCGGGGCAGAGCAGGGAGCUCUGGUGCCACCAAAUGGCCCAGCCUCAUCUUGCUCUGUGCCUUCCUGGGGCCCAGUGCCUCAGGUGUGAUGGGUGGGGAGCUGAUAGACUAGGUCCAUCCUUACCCCUAGAACCAGCCCCAGGAGAUCUGGAGCUGCCUAAGUCCCGAUGGGGUUUCCCUGCACCAUGAGGCAGGGUCCUAUCCUCCCCACAGAGUAAGUGGGAAUGUCCUUGGUCUGGUGCGGACACCCCUCCUGUGCUGGGGGGGGCACAGUUGCUCUUUCAAGAGAGCCGUCCCGAGGGCUGAGGCUGUCUGGCCGGAAGCUAUCGCCUCCACCCUGUGACCCGAGGAACGUCUGGGCUGCCCUUUGGCUUCCAGUCCCACGCCUGGACACUAGCCUGUCACCCCUCAGUCCUGUGGACGGACCUGUCCCUUCACCACCCACGGCCUCCUUCCCGGAACACAGGCCUGCGGGUGUCCAUCGAGGGCAGGGUAUCCCCCUGAGGUCGGUGCUCAUCCCAGCCACUUCCAGUCGGAGGGGCCAGGCACCCCCGUGUCACGGGAUGAGGCAGCUCCCUCAGGAAUACAGCAGUCUGUCCGUCCGCUCACCUGACCC